AUGUCCACCGCCGCCCAUACAUGGUCGGCGACAUCGUCGGUCUCCAUGGGAAGGCCAACGAUGUUUAAUCCACUUGCGUUUCCGUCGAACGGCGCAGAAAUUCUCCGCCAGUCGCUUGAAAUGCAGCGAGAGGCGGGGCUGGCCUUUGACAUGCGCGACUCUGAAGAUGAGGAGAGGAUUCAACAAAAGAAGGCGCGACAACAACUUCUUCGCGCUCAGAUCGAGCGGCGAAAAGAGUUGGAUUUUGUCGACAGACAGGCGUCAGAGAUUACACAGCAGCUCCUGGCUAGCCUUGUUGUUGUUAUCCGUGAGCGCCAGACCACAUUGCGGCCCGAGGGAUAUCAAACAAUUGUCUUUGAUAAUGGCGACAUAUACGAGGGUAAUUGGAAAGGUAGUCGUAUGCACGGCACGGGUUAUAUGAAGCGAGUGACUGCUAAUGACUUGUACGAGGGCGAAUGGUUUCUUGGUCUGCGCAAUGGUACCGGUUCAUGCCACAGUCCUGAUUUCGGUACCUUUUAUAGCGGGAAGUGGCAGGACGGCAAAUGGCACGGUCGUGGGGAGCUGGUAGAGCCGGAGGGCAUUUACACUGGGGAGUUUGUGGAUGGACAUCUGCAGGGGUAUGGCGAGUAUGUGUACAAUGAUGGACAUGUGUACAAGGGCGAGUGGCUGAAUGGCGUGUAUGACGGUACAGGAACGUAUUUUUUUCCGAACGGCGGCAAGUACGAGGGACAGUGGGUGAAUGGUUGUGAACACGGGCGUGGGACUAUGACUUAUUUCAAUGGCGACACGUACACGGGAGAAUGGCAUCACGGGGACAAACAUGGCGUUGGGACAUACACAAGUGCCUCUUUGCAGUAUGAGGGAGGAUGGUAUUUUGGAUCUAUUCGGGGUCGUGGGCAGUGUAAGUAUGCGGAUGGCUCCACCUACGAGGGUGAGUGGCUCAAUGGAAUGUAUCAUGGGAAAGGACAGUUCAUUAGUCCUACAAAUAGGCAGAGUUAUACUGGUGAUUUCCGUCAUGGCAAACGUUCUGGACACGGCGUGUACCGCUCCGAUGAAACGGUGUACGCUGGAGGUUGGCUAGACGACAAGAAGCACGGAAUUGGGGAAGUCAAAGUGCGCGGUGGGGGCAAAUUUUCCGGAACAUGGCGUGAUGAUUUACCACACGGCGAGGGGGUUUAUACAGUGGAUACGGACAAAGUUUACGUGCUGUACGACUCUGGGUUGUGUGUUCGCACCUCCCCGGAGGUCAUGUAUCAACGGUUGAAUUUAAGACCGCUGAUCUCGGGUGAUUAA